AUGACAAAUAUAGAAAAAAGUACCUCUGAUUCAAUCGACUGUCCACAUAAUGAUUAUGAUGAAGAUGUAAAACUAUGCUCUAUAGAGGCAAAAGCUGCUGUAACUGAAGUCGGAUUCGGUGUAAAAGAUAUAUGCCUAGCUUCUGAUUCUUUACCGUUCACCGACACACUGGCAUAUUUGAACUUAACUACACUAGAGGGUGAGAAGAUGUGUAUCGAAGUCAGUGCAAAAGGAUUUUGUCCUGUUGGUUCAUCUUAUAAUGAAAUUGGAAAACAACUGAGUGACAAGUCCAGUUCUAAUGUUCAAUCUGUUGAAUACAGUGAUUAUUAUGAAACAAUCUAUGCUUUGUUAUCUUCAAGAAGUCGAUUAUUUCGUGAUAGUUUCUCACAAAAGUUGAGUAGUCGAUUAAAGGAAUUGAACACAGAGCAAACAACAACUACAUCUGAUGUGAUUCAUUCCAAUAGCACUCAUGACAAUUUAUACGAAAAGAAUAAAAAUUAUUGUCGUAAUCCGGGAAAUGAUUCUACUGGUCCAUGGUGUGUUGUUGGUCUAGGAAGAUUUAAGUAUUGUGAUGUGCCAAGAUGUGCUGAACAUAUUGGCUGUUAUGAAGGGAAUGGAGAAGAUUAUAACGGGGAUCAAGAUCAAAUCUCAGAUGGACAUCCUUGUGCAAAAUGGCGUGUCAGUAAUUCACGGAAAGAUAUUAGCACCAGUGGUUAUCGAUUUCGCCUACAUUACAAUGAAACAAUCAGUAAACUACUCAGUACAUCAGAUUCAGAACUUGACAAUUUCCGCUCAUGUCGAAAUCCUGGAGGUAUAAAAUCUCAACCAUGGUGUUACCCUCUGAAAGUUCGUGGUGUUUCCACUGGAGUACAAUACUGUGAUAUUCCUAAAUGUUCUGAUCCAGGUACACUUGGCUAUCCACUAUUUAUAAACGGUAGUCAGUGUAUGACAAACUUUGUUCCACAGAAACAGCUCGUCAAACUUGAGUCCUCUGCAGUUGUUGAAGUUCAGUAUUGUGUAGCACCACAUGGAUUUAUCUAUCAAAGACAUCGGGAGACAAAUUUGAAUAAAUUCAAUCAAUUCUGUUUGUUUUUAGUCGGCAAGACAACUUACUGUCCUGCAGGUUUCAUUCGUACCAGACGAUUUCAGCCAAGCUUAGAGUUUAUUGGUCACGUUUCUGGUCCAACAGCUUGGAGGCCAACGUUUGAUAAUAUCUUACAGAUUAUUACAUGCUGUGUACAACCAGAAUUUUGGACUAAUUCAACACAAAAUCCCUAUAUAUCUGUUGAAAAACUUUCACAGCACAGAGGAGAACAUAGUAGCCCGAGUUACAGUAAUUCAGGGAAGGAAACAUUAGAGUCACGUACACUGGACACAGCACUGUCAUCAUAUACAACCGAAGAUGACAAUUGGUAUUAUUCGAAACCAAGGAGAAGGAUAACAAUAGGUGAAUUCUUUCCACCACGUCGACGUAAAUGGAUUACACGCUGGAAACGUUCUGUUAAUGAUAAUUACUCAGAGGAUGGUGCGCUAGAAAUGAUGAAUGUUGAUUCUUCCUCCACAUCAUCAUCAUCAUCAGCAUCAUCACCAACAUCAUCGUACACGUCUUCUGAUGUAUCCUCAACAUCAUCACCCACCUAUUCAACUCCACCAGUCUUUGUUUCAAUCCAUCAAUGCCCACCUGUUGAAGGAACAAAUAGACUAAUUGCACCAUUGUUUCGUAAUGUCAUCCCAGAUGAAACACUUGGUGAUGUACUACAGAAUCUUUUUCCUGAAAUUAGUUGUGAAUAUAGAGAAGCUAAGUCUGAAUUUACACCGAAUGCUGAAACUAAAGUAAGUCGAAUUGCUCUCCUAGUCAACGAACCAACCUGUCCAGUUGGCUUUAAAAAGACUCAAAUUUCUCGACGUGUUGUCUUCGUUCUUGGCACAAGUGUUAGUUUAUGCUGGUCAUCAAGUAAUCGAUAUAAAACAGAUGUGAUUUCAAUUAAAAAUCAUCUGCCAAUAGGAAAUUAUUGUGUGAUAUCAGAUCAUUCUUCAGAAGAACAAUCAUUCAGUUUUUUAGACGAAAACAAUAAAGAUAAACGCUACAACUAUAAAUGUCCACAAGGUUUCCGAGAGAAUGAAAUCAAUUUUAUACAAGUUGGCUAUCGUUUAAAGUUAUGCUGUUCAUCGAAUUCACCAGCAAAUCUUACUGAUCCGGAGGCUGAGACUAUGAUAGAUAAAUCAAGCUAUCAAGCGCCAUUUGAAAUCACUUCACCAUUUGCUGUCAUUCAAAAUGGUCCAAUAUGUCCAACAUUUUAUUCUGGUGAUGUAAAGCUGACAUUAGUUCAAUACAAUCGUCCAAUCCCCCGUCCGUAUGGCGAUCAAAUUGAAUUAAUUGGACCAGACAGUCCUGUGAAAUUAGACGGAAUUCCAAACUUGGUCGUUUGUCAAUAUCUAAAUCAAGAGAUCAAACUGGGUGUCAAAUCUCUUCGCUAUGACUGUGAUGGUUUGGGAUAUCGGGAGAUAAUGAGUUAUGGUGGAGCUACCUGUGGAGUUGAAGCUAACUCUAGUGUUAUCUUCCCACCAGGCAAAUAUUGUUUCCUUCAGUUAUCAUCUGCAUGUCCUUCAGGUUUCACCUCAAGAAGUGGUGUAGCUCGAUUAGGUUUCAGUUUACAAAGUUUAGGCAGUAAAUGUUGUCGUACUGAGGAAUCAAUCGGAGCAAUUAAACUGCCAAUUCAUCUAGAAGCUCCAUUCAAAUUACCAGCAGUCUAUCAACCAUGUCAAGCGAUAGAAAAUUUCAAUGUGGAUGCUGAAUUACAUCAGUGUGUUUAUUAUCCGAAAGGAAACAGAUCACACUUUAUGCUUGUGUGGCCACGAGUUGUCUCCGGUGUAAAUGACACUGAUGAAGGAAGUGGUAACAAUAAUAAAACCUCUGUCCCUAAACAUUGCUCAAAGUUGCCAAGAAAAAGGGUUGGAUUCAGAAGAAGUCAACUUGGACGUUUAUCUACUCUGUUCUUCAAUAUAAUGCAUGAUCAGUGGUUAACCUACAAACGACCUCGAUGGACAACCCGUGGAAGUGACUCCGGUGAUAUAUGCUUUAAUGAGUUAAACCUGGAAAAUCUACCAACAGUAGUCAAUGGGCCCACGGGUUAUUGUAUUUCUGUAUUUGGUAGCUGUCCAUAUAAAUUCUUUACACAGGUUGGAGCCGCACCAUAUAUGAAUACUGUAAUCUGUUGCUUAACCAGAGACUACAUGCCUGAUAUCGAUAAGCAGAACAAACAACCACCAUCGUCAUCAACAACAACAACAGCUACUACUACUACAGUUCGUUCAUUUGUCACAUUAGGUUGGCCAUCAUCAGAUGACAAAAAAGCAUUGACUAAUUUCACUGGUACUAAAGUUUUAGCUACACAAGAACUAUUAAAAGACACUAAAUUUUGUCCUCAAUUUCACGAUAUUCAAUUGAAACGUCGUGUUUCCGAAAGUAUGUAUGUUCCAGAGAAUUUAUCACGUGUACAAAAUAAACAAUGGUUUGGACAAAAGGAUAUACUUACACUGUUCAACGUUUCAAAAUCGAAUGCUCUACAGUUUGAAUCAUUAACUGGUAUCUGGUUGGAAAAUGAUAUUGUACAUGUUAUAUAUUGCGAAUACGCCACUGGUAAAGCGACGAAUGAUGACCUUCAAAAUUGGCCUGUAGCAAAUUACGCCAUACCGAAAUCCCUGAAUGACUGUCCGAAAGGUUCAACGAAAGCAACAAUAAGACAUCAACAGGAUAGAUAUGGGUUUCAUUAUUCACAGAGCACAUAUGAAACAGAGUAUCUCAAAAUUGAUCGAUUAAACUAUCAUUUUUGCUGUCGAACUGAUUCACCAAGUGUUGAUAGUCCAAUUGAAGGUUUCCCAGCUGAGACUGGACCAUUUUAUCUGUACAGGGUUGGAGACAAAUGUCAACAGAUUGCUGGAAUGCAUGUCACUGAAGAAUAUAUUUGUGUAGAUGCACCUAACAGAGGUGAUCCAAACUGGUGGUCAAUUGAUCAAAAUCAUACAUGGUCACCGUAUAAUGUCAAAGGAUUAACACCUGCACGUGUGCCGUAUCAUGAUUUCUGUGAUGUAGAAAUUAAUAUGUGUUACUAUGAAAAAGCUUCUUCAGCCUCCGAAAGUGAGGAGACAGAAAGCUAUUAUUUUCAAGGUGAAUGGCCAUUAGGUCAAUAUGCUUUACCAAAUGUACAUAGAAAUGAUUUAGAUAAAGCUUGUCCACCAGGAUUUACUCAACACUACUAUUCAUUGAUAAAUAAUCAAGCAGCAUUUUUUGAAUUAGAAUUAAUGCCAAUGAGUUUAGGACCAUAUUUUCUAGAAUUGAUUGGACAUAAUUAUAGUGCAUUAAAUGUUCAUUAUUGUGAAAGAAAUCAUAUAAAUACAAGUGAUGAAAUGAUGAAUGAAUCAGAAGAGAUUAUUUUAGAAACAAAUGAUGAAGAAGGUGAGACAUUAGUUACAUCAUCAACGAUAACAACAGUAAAAGCAACAACAAAAACUAAUAAUAUAGGAGAUAAGAAAUUUUUAGAAUCUCAAUGGCCAAAAGGAGAUUACUGUGUCAUAUCUACAGCUGUAAAUCACCAGUGUCCACCAGGUCUUCAUAGACACGCUAGAGCAUUCUCGGAACUCUGUUGUCGAACUGAUAAUAUUAAAGACCCGAAACCUGUGAACUGGCCAUUCAUUGAAGAUUUCUUUUUAUUUGGUGGUGAAAAAUGUCUACCAAUAAUAAACACUCAUGUGGAACGUUAUUUAGUACGUUUAGUAUCCGGUUCAGAGACUAAACAUGAACCUCAGUGGGAUAUUCUCUGUCACUACCUACCUAUUUCAUGGAUGAAUGAUACAGCCGAAUGGCCUGAUGGUGAAUAUAUGCUCCCGAUAGGCAGACGAAGUGGUCUACGUACAUCUUAUGUGACAACAGUGGUUUCAAACACAGAAGCGGUAACAACAGUGACAGCGUCAACAAGCCCAAAUGAAUUAUCCCUAUCUUCUCUGAGUUUUCAAGAUGCUAGUAAUGUUGUCGGUGGUGGGAAAUAUCAAUGCCCAGAUACAUUUGAACGUAAACGAUUCACAUUUGCAAGCAGUGAAACUGAACAACAAUUGAUGACUUAUCCAAAUACAAAUGUAGAAACUAUUUUUAAUAUUACUGCAUAUGUUACCAUGGAAUUCUGUGUACAUACAGUCUCAGGGAGCAGUCAUACAAAGAGACAUUCAAAUUGGCCCGCUGGUGACUAUUGCAUAUUUACAAUGAAUACAAAUUGUCCAGCUGAAAUGCAAGCUUCGAAGGAGAUUCCACUAAAAAUUCCACGUUUUAUUCUCAAAAGUAUCAACAGUGUCUCAUCUGAUGGUGAUAUUAUCAUUAAUAGUAGUCAUUGGCAUAAAGAUGUUGAAAAUCAUGUUGUCUAUUUUAUGCAAUGUUGUCGAGAGGAUAAACAAUUGAUUCUACGUAUUCCAUCAUCAAAGGAUGGUUUUUAUCUGGCUAGUAGUUCUGGUCUAUGCUCAAGUGUACCGGGGACUGUAUUGGAUAGGGAGAAGAUUACUACCUAUCUAACGUCUUCAAUGCAUAGUAGUAAUAAUAACAAUAAUCAUAGAAAAUCGACAAUAUUAAGUGAGAAAGAUAUGUUAUUAUAUCGUGAAGCAAUUGCCCAACGUGAAGGUCUUCUCUACUUAUGCUAUUAUCAUCCAGCUAAAGGUAUUGAUUAUACAACAUCGAUUCUUGGAGCACGUUAUUCUACAAGUCAAAAUAUAUCUGAAAAAGAUGUGGAUGAAAUAGCUAAACUUUGUGGAUGUGCAUCGAAUGCCUUUUGUUUAUUAAAUAAACAAGCUGAAUGCGUAUGUAAACCAGGAUAUUUUGGAGAUGGACGGUAUGCUUGUGAACCAAUCACACCGUUAACUGAUGAAUGUGCUGACCUGUGUGAUCCAUCGGCUGUAUGCGCUGAGCACUUAGGUGUCAGUCUUAAGAAGAAACAGCUACUCAGUCAUAUGUGCAUCUGUCGACCAGGAUUUGUUGGUGAUGGUUUCUCUUGUAAAUCAGAUUGUGUUGCACGGGAGUGUCAACCAUUCAGUAGAUGUAUACAUAACAUUCCAAGAGGUGUCACUGAAUGUGUUUGUAUCGAGGGUACAAUACUCUCAGGAACAAGAUGUCAUUUAGAUGUAUAUAAAACAUUGGAACAAGAAAAAGAUUUACCACAAUUCAUAUUGGACCAUGAUCAUUGUCUUUCAACAGAAACUCAAUCAGCCUUGAGGAUAUUAAAUCCACCAAAAUACUUUUACAUAUUCGUACCAUCCAAUAUUGUCAAAACUUGUCAAGAUGUAAAGGAGCAUAUAGUUGUUCGGUCAAAACCUAUAACAGCUAAAGAGCUUAAAGAGUCUACAGUGAAUUCACCAAUUAAACUUAUCACUGAAAAUAAAACGCUUAUUGAAAUCUAUGCAGUGAAUGGAACGUUAUCAAUAGACGGGUUUAUUGCUCAAUAUGAAACUGUUAAAUUUGUGAAUGGCGAAUUAUACUACCUAUCUGGUCCAUUAAAACGCACAGAAUAUGUAUACAAAAUUGAGACUUAUAUUGUUGUGUUGAUAACAAUCUCCGUGUUGGUUAUUUGUGGAUUAAGUUCAAUGAUUAUAUAUAAAGCAUUGCAAAGGUAUAAAACGACAAACAUGAGACAGUUCCAUCGUCUUCCAAGGCAGGUAUUUGUGCAUCGAGCAUUCUGGAAGCAGCAGUGUGAUGACGUCCUGGUUGAAGAAACUGAGGAGACCACCAGUUCAUAA